GGGCCCACACCCACCCAGGGCCGGCACAAGUGAAAAAUCUUUUUCAAGAUCGGAAAAAUUUAGAAAAAAUCAGAAAAAAUUAGAAAAAAAUUCCGAAAUGAUGGUUGGUUCAUUAAAUCAUGGAUAGUAUAUUACAUCAAAUAGUUCAUUUACGGAACAUCCUGCUAGCCCCUGACGUAGAAAGAGAGAAUCUAUCAUCUCACUCGUUAUGCUCUGGAUCGUCGGGAUAUUGGGAUGUGUUUACCUCUACAGUUAACCUCUGUUCCGAAACAGAUAAUUCAUGUACUACGGUACAACGGAGCGUUGUUUAAACUUGAAGAUUUCUUAGCAUCAUAAAUUUAUGUUAAACGGUUAAUGUUAGUAAAGUUUAUUUGCAACAGGUUUCGAAACUGGAUCGUCGUGUGUGCAAAGUUUCUGUGACGAUAUGUUGUGACAGCGCUUUGUCAGGGGAUCAAAUUUAUUACUUGCACGCACGAAAUGGAAUAGUCACUUGAAUAUUAACCAUCAUAGAUUUAUCUUCAGUUGGCCAAGUUUGCGUAUCUGCACAAUGGCAAGCACCUCUGCGAGUGGGCUAAUCAAAACCUAUUCAACAUUGUUCAAUACUCACACCCCUGGCCAUAAUCCGCAUAGAACAUAUUUUGAAAUACAAUCCCGACAAUCUCCAAGGGCUGCAGAGAAUGACUCAGAUGAUGCCGAUGAUAAUCUGGACGAAGCCUUAGAUGAUUUAAUUACAAAAACAUGGGAUGUUUGGGCAGCAUCCCCUUUGUAUGGUAUGAAAUGGAACGAGGAAGUAAAAUUAAAACAGUAUGCUAAACGACUACGAGAAAAUGUGGCAACUUCGUUAUGUAAAGAAGAUGUUUCAUAUGACGCAGAAUUUUUAAUUCUAAAAGACCUAGUCCGAUCACGCUCUCACCAACCAGCUAUUAAGGUACUAGUCUAUUCAAACAAAGAUGAUUCCGAAAAAGAAAAUUGCAUAUAUACAGGGAUAUUUUUGUCCUGGGGUUCAGAACUUGACUCGGAGCAAGAAAAUUUAAAAUUACCAAUUGUAUUAACCCGAGGUGGGCAGACUGUCACACAAGCAAUACAUGUAAUUUUGUGUCAGAUGUUUGACUGCGUCAUCACAGCCAUGCCUGCUAGUCAAGAAGACCUCAUGUGGUUAACCGCUGUUAUUCUUAAUUCAUCUAAUCCAUCCGAUCUAUCUGUCCAGCGAAAAAAAAAACAAGUAACUUCUGCCGAUGCAUUGACUUUGGAAUACCGCAUUCCUGGAUUACCAACUUCUGACCUAAUACUUGUUCAGUUUCCAAUUUCAUGCAUGAUCGCCUUGUGGUUCAAAAUCUGUCCUACGCAACAAAGUCUCACGAAUCCUAGGGAGCAGAUUGAAAGCAGAGUGUACUUGGAACAAAUUGAAAAAUUCAAUCAAUUCAUUAGACUUCAAUUACUCAAUAAUAUGGACCUUGAAUUGGGCUACUGCUUGCUGAGUAAAAUCAGUUUACCGAGUUUGACGAUCAAAGCAAACAAGAUUAAAUGCAAAAAUAUCGACACACUGGAUCGAGUUCUAUGGUAUUUCCAAGAAAAAGCUUUGCUUUACAUGGCAUUUCUCACACAAAUGAACAUAGAUGAGGCUGAAUGACAAUUAUUAACUUGCAUCACUCUGAAAAGUACAGAUCGAUCGACCUCUGUACCGUAUUGACAACGUUUCUUUGAAUUUGUUCAUUCUGCUAAAUAUAAAUGAUUUAAUUAUUAGGUUAUUUCAAGUUCCGUAAAACUUUAGUAUCAAUUAAACUUUGCCAUGCACUUAUAAAUAUUGUAAUCAUUGCAGUGGCUGUAUAGAAAACUUGUAAUAAGAAAAUUUUUUAUUGAA